GAGCGGCGCGUCCUUCCUUCCACCACUUGUUAUUUCACACCUUGGCCGCUUCAAACGCAGCCUGUAGGCGCCGUGAAUACACCGUCGUCUUCUUCUCCUCCUCUCGUGGCCGGCGCUUCUCUGCUGCACCGGUGUGUCUUUCUGUAUUUGCAUUUUUUUUUUCUCCUCCUCCUCCCGCCGAGGAAACAACACUUUCCCCCCCAGCUGUAGGGAAUCAUGACCACGGCGAAGGAAGGCAAUGCACCGUCGAAAGCGGCUCAACAGCAAGACCAGGAGCUGGUGGGCAGUAACCCUCCGCAGAGGAACUGGAAGGGAAUAGCGAUCGCCCUUCUUGUCAUUCUGGUCAUCUGCUCGCUGAUCGUCACCUCCGUCAUCCUGUUGACACCAGGUGAAGAUGAUGGCCUGGCUCUCAAGGGCAAGGUGACUGUUGCAGACCUCUUCAGAAAAGACUUCAAGGUUCACGACCCUAACGCCAAAUGGAUAAGCAGUAAUGAGCUAUUAUACCGGAAUCGUGAUGGCGACGUCGUCAAGUUCAACGUCGACACUGAUGAAAAGACCAUCUUGGUGCAUAACAAGAAGUUUGAAAUGUACAAAGCCAGCAAGUAUGAGGUGUCUCCUGACAUGAAGCAUGUGCUGCUGGCCUACAACGUUGCACCGGUGUACCAGCAUUCGUACACGGCCUUCUACAUCAUCUGCAGUCUGGAUACUCCGGCGACGUGGAACUUGAACCCUCCAGAGGUGCGAAAUGCUCAGCUGCAGUACGCAGGCUGGGGACCCCAUGAGCAGCAACUGAUCUUCGUUUUUGAGAACAACAUCUACUAUCGCUCCAGGGUGGACAACCGCUCCAUUCGUCUGGUGUCUACUGGCAAAGAGGGCGUCAUCUUUAAUGGGCUCAGUGACUGGCUGUAUGAAGAGGAGAUUUUCCAGUCCCAUAUUGCCCAUUGGUGGUCUCCAGAUGGUGCCAGGUUAGCGUACGCCACCAUCAAUGACACCCUGGUGCCCAGGAUGGAGCUGCCCAUGUUUACAGGCACACCGUACCCAAUGGGAAAAGAGUACCACUACCCUAAGGCUGGUGAGGAGAACCCAGUUAUCACUCUGUAUGUUGUGAACCUUAAUGGGCCGCCUCACACCAUCGAGAUGAGGAGACCUGAUGAUCCCAGGAUGGGCGAAUACUAUGUGACUAUGGUGAAAUGGGCCACCACUACCAAACUGGCUAUCAACUGGCUGAACAGAGCCCAGAACAUCUCUAUACUCACACUGUGUGAGGCCACGACAGGGGUCUGCACAAAGAAACAUGAGGAUGAAAGUGAAGGAUGGCUGCACAGACAGAAUGAGAAACCUCUGUUUUCCAAAGAUGGGCUGAAGCUGUUCUUCACCCGCGCCAUUCCUCAAGGAGGCAGGGGCAAGUUCUUCCACAUCUCCAUGUCCAUCUCCCAGCCCAACACCAGCACAGACACACUGCAGUCUAUCACAUCUGGAGACUGGGAUGUCACCCAAGUCCUGGCCUAUAAUGAGGACAGCCAAUUGAUAUACUUCCUGAGUACUGAGGACGGUCCAAAGCGAAGACAUUUGUACAGCGCGGACACCUUUGGUUCGUUCAACCGUCGCUGUCUGUCGUGCUCCUUGGCCAACAGCUGUGAUUACAUCAGCGGCUCCUUUAGCCACAACAUGAGUUACUUCCUGCUCAACUGCCAAGGACGGGAGAUCCCAUUUGUAGCCAUUUACAAGACUCAGAGAGACGCAGAAAGUGAGACGCAAGACAGAGAGAGUAUUACAGAAGUGCAUAAACUGGAGAACAAUGAGAACCUGAGGCUGACCCUGGACUCCAUGCAGAUGCCUAAAGUGGAGUACAAGGAGAUCAACAUGGAUGACUACACAUUGUCGAUGCAGAUCCUCAAACCUGCCGGCUUCCAGGACACAGCACACUAUCCCCUGCUCCUGCUGGUCGAUGGGACACCCGGUGGCCAGAUGGUGGCAGAGCAGUUUCACAUGGACUGGGCCACGGUGCUGGUGAGCAGCUUCGGUGCCAUCGUGGUGCGCUGUGACGGGCGAGGCAGCGGCUUCCAGGGCACCAACCUGCUGCACCGGAUCCAGAAGAAACUGGGCGUGUACGAGGAACAGGAUCAGAAAGAAGCACUCAAUUUUAUUUUGAAAGAGCCCUACGUCGACAAAACCAGAGUUGGAGCUUUUGGAAAGGUGUAUGGAGGCUACGUGACCAGCCUGUUGGUGAGUGGUGAGGAAUCCCCUGUAAAGUGCGGCGCUGUCCUCUCACCCAUCACUGACUUUGAAUUAUACGCCUCUGCAUUUUCAGAGAGAUAUCUUGGGCUGCCUAAACCUGAUCCAAGGGCAUACACAAUGGCAAAUUUAGCACACAGAGCAUCUCAAUUCAUGGAUAAGAAGUUCCUUAUUAUUCAUCCAACAGCUGAUGAAAAGGUCCAUUUCCAACAUACAGCAAAAUUCAUCGCCCAGCUCAUCAAUGAAAAGGCCAACUAUACCUUACAGAUCUACCCAGAUGAAGGCCACUUCAUUCACAGUGAAGCAACAAGGCAGCACCUCAGCCAGUCUCUGGUGAACUUCUUCGAGGAAUGCUUCAGGCUACCAGAACGUGUGUUUGAGGAGGCCCUGGAGGAGGAGAGUGAAGACGAGGGUUAGCUUGACCUCCUGAGGCCCAAUUGUGCUCUGAAUCCUUCCCACCCAUACAUCCACCCACCUAACCUCCAUCCUGUCCCUGUGCCCAAGCACAACACUGGCAUACAGUUGUCCACAAUAUGCAACUCUCAUCUGUUCUUGCUCAAUUUGAUUUGCAUUUGGACUCCCCAUGUCCGCAUGCUGAACCUGAGACUGCCUUACCAGCAGACCUACUCCUACAUCCAUCCUCCCACUAUCUGCCCUGAGUUCGACUCCAAACGGCCCUCCGGAGAGCCACAAAGACUGAUGACCUGACAUGAUGCUUUGGAAUAUACUGAUUGAUUUAACAGGGAGCGGUCUCCUUCGCAGCAGGAUGGACCAGCUCCUUAAAAGCAGUGGAAACAAAGCAUCAGCUCUCACACAGACUUUCAAGCUGUGGGGAGAGGGAACACCUUAUAGCACAUAACUCAUGGGCUUGUAUAUUAUUGAAAUUUAGACGCCUGGUGAAGAACGCUGGUGGACAGUGUUCACAAUGGGUGUCUGGGAUUGUGCAGAUACAGGAAAUGUUACUAUUUUUAAAGUUGUGAAGAACUUUCAUGUUGGACUGUGGUUGUGUCUAUUGUUCUUACAGUAUGUAAAAUAGCACACAGACAUUCACUCGCCUGCUACGGAUAUAUUUUGUUUUGGUGUUCAUGUUUGCCCCGAUGUUCAUCUCGUAGCCUCAUUUUAUGUAUUUCAGUGAUGCUGACGGAAUUCUUGAGCUGGCAAAGUGUUUGGAAGAAAAAAAGCGCUGUGGGUUUGUUAAUGUGUCGUUUGAGAUGGUUUUAUUGUGACGCUCCAGUUUUAUUUAUCAAAUGUUUUUCAAAAAAGACAAACUUGUUUUAGUCACUGUGCCUUACUUUGUCAGACAACAUCCUGCUGUGAGACUGCAUUUAUGAAUUAGCCUUCAACAAGGCUAAUUUUCUCAAAAUAGUUUGACAUUUUUGGAAAGAUAUUAUACGUGGUCUUGUCAAAAGAGGAUUGAGUCCACUCAUACAUAUGCCUGUUAAAUAUUAAGCUACAGGCUGGUUAGCUUAGCAUAGAGUGAAGACUGGAAGCAGCUAGCCUAGCUCUGGCACUUCCCCCCCCCGCUAUGCUAAGCUAAGCAAAGCUAAGCUAACCCUCUCCUGGAUUUAACUAAAUAUUUAACUGACAGACACGACACUGGUAUCAGUCUUUUCAUCCAACUGUCAGAAAAAAAGCCAAUAAGCAUACUUCCCAAAAUGGCAGCUAUUGUUUUUAAUCUAUGGCCUGAAAUAGAUAAUUAAAAUAAAUCAUGUAAGCUACAUUCUGUAGCUAAUUCCUGAUUGACAAACUGUAGGGAUUCUAAAGUUUCACAAAAUAUUAUUCUCCGGAAAUAUGUCCAAUGACAUCAAUACACCAAGCUAAAUGUGUAGAAUCUGCAUGCAUCAUUGCUUAUGACAUGUUAAAGAAUGGUAAGUGAAGGAAACGGGACAGGAAGUGCAGUUUUUGUGAUUGAAAAUGCUGUCACUCACACUCGGUUUAAAUCACAGAAUACAUUGUUCAAAGUUGAAGGCGAGAGGCCAUUAGGAUUAGAGGUAUACCCUUAGAAAUUAUU